UUCAUUCGCUCACGAGGUUGAGAUGGCUCCAGUGUGUUUACGGACUAGUGAAUUAUUUUUAUUAUUAUUUUUAAUAAUCAGCACGUGCGCCGUCGCACCGCCAUGGAUAUUUUCUGUAAAACAAUACACGAAAACAUGUGAUGUAAAUAAAUGUGUGUUUAAUAUUGAUGUGAAUGCGAAAAACGUUGAUGAAUGGUCACUAACAUCCGAGCCGGCGUCUGAACAGAAAUGUGGUGUGUUAUUUGUGAGUAAAAUAUUUGAGAAUGUACUUGUUGAUCUACCAAAUGAUGGUAGAAGGGUGUACUUCUGUGUUAAAAGCGAUGGAUUGUGGCACCAUAACGGAGAAGGCGUAUAUUUGGAUGCAAAUGACGUCAUCAUCCCGAACGAAAUGGAUCUACCAAUCGAGAACGAGAUUGAAGAAGAUGAUGACUUUACCAGUAUAAUCGAAGAUUCUUAUGCACCUAAUCACGAAAGGGCUCGUCGCCAAGCUGAUGAGGCGACCACACCAGCUCCUGAGGUCGCAGACGCUUCAGACACACCCCUGGACACUGCCUUAGACGCAAAUGCCACCGCAAACUCCAGCCUUGGACCCAAAGUACCCCAUCCAGAGGGAGCCAUCAAGUUAAUGGGUCUGAGAGUUGAGGAAUCGGAGAAGGAACCGAAAAUCGUCGACGAACUUAUACCCAGUGUUCUUAGGGAUACACAUUUCUUCUUGAGGCUUUUCGGGGAGAAUUUUACUAAUGAUACUAUUAUUGCUUUUACUCAUACACCAGCGGCUUAUGGGGAAACUUGUGACCAUCUUCUGAAUGGAGAAUAUAAGGUGUCCUACGCCGAAGCGGACUCCGCACUCCUCUCAAUGAACGCCCCGCCACCAUUAGACGACUACAAAUUCUACAUUUGCGCCAAAAACUCUGAAAAGGACCACUUUUUGCACCAGGGUUCCGAAAAAUGGAAGAUCCUGGCCACGCACAACAAGCUUUUACCGCUUUGGGCUUCAAUAAUCCUGAUUAUCAUUCUUCUGCUUCUGGCUUCACUGUUCUCCGGUCUCAACUUGGGUCUUAUGGCCUUGGACAGGACUGAGCUCAAGAUUAUUGCCAAUACUGGCACGGAGAAGGAGAGGAAAUAUGCUAGAGCCAUCAUGCCGGUCAGGGCUCAUGGAAACUACCUUCUUUGUACCAUUUUGCUAAGUAACGUAGCUGUGAACAGUACUUUUACUGUCAUUUUGGACGAUCUGACCUCUGGUCUGGUGGCUGUUAUUGGAUCCACUUUGGCCAUCGUGUUCAUUGCUGAGAUCACUCCUCAGGCUGUGUGUGCCAGGCACGGUCUUUUCGUUGGUGCUAAGAGUAUCUGGAUUAUGAAGAUUGUGAUGGGUAUCUGCGCGCCAUUGGCGUGGCCGACCAGUAAGCUUCUGGAUUACUUCCUCGGUGAAGAAAUCGGAACACAUUACAACAGGGAGCGUCUAAAGGAGUUGGUCAGGGUAACAGAUCACGUCAAUGACCUGGACAAGGAAGAAGUCAACAUCAUUUCUGGUGCCCUGGACCUCCGCAAAAAGAAGGUCAGCGAGGUGAUGACUAAGCUGAAGGAUUGCUUCAUGCUGCCCAUAAACAGCAUCCUGGACUUCGAGACCAUGUCUGAAAUCGUCAAAUCUGGCUACUCCCGUAUCCCAGUGUACGAGGGUACUCGCGGCAACAUAGUGACGGUCCUCUUCAUCAAGGACCUGGCCUUCGUGGACCCUGACGACAACACGCCGCUGCGCACUCUCUGCCAGUACUACCAAAACCCCUGCAACUUUGUCUUCGAAGACAUCACUCUUGAUGUAAUGCUGAAGCAGUUCAAGGAAGGUCACAAAGGCCAUAUGGCGUUUGUCCAGCGCAUUGAAGAAGGUGAUGGCGAUCCAGUGUAUGAGACAGUUGGACUGGUCACACUUGAAGACGUCAUCGAAGAGAUGAUACAGGCAGAAAUCGUUGACGAAACUGACGUCAUCAGUGACAACCGUACGAAGAAGCGUUUGACCCGUCCCGUCAACAAGUUCCAGGAUCUGGCCGCGUUCGCUGGUCAUCACGAGCACCAACGAGUCCACGUCUCUCCCCAACUGGUCCUGGCUACCUUCCAAUUCUUGAGUACAAGCGUGGAUCCAUUUAAAGUGGACCAUAUUUCGGAGACUGUUCUCCGUCGCCUUCUGAAGCAGGAUGUCAUCCAGCAUAUCAAGCUCCGAGGAGACGAAGAUAAGAACGACCCUAAGAGAUACGUUUUCUCUGAAGGAAAGCCGGUGGACUACUUCGUGCUGAUACUGGAAGGUCGUGUGGAGGUGACGGUGGGCCGGGAGAACUUGGUCUUCGAGGCAGGACCCUUCACCUACUUCGGAGUACAGGCCCUCACUCAGAACGUUGGAUUAGCUGAAGCCCCAGCGCCUUCGACCCUGGGCUCCUUGCAGAACCUGAACAUGGAUUCCAUGCUUCGUCACUCCUUUGUACCGGAUUACUCCGUCAGAGCCAUCGCUGAACUGUAUUACCUCACUAUAAAGAGAUCAAUGUACUUAGCCGCUAAGCGCGCCACUUUGAUGGAGAAAGGAGUGCUCGGCAGAGGAGGAACCAACGAACAAAUCGAACCAGAAGUCGAUAAGCUACUCCGGGAUGGCGACAAUCGUGUUGAGGAGAUCAGAGAGGAAAAGCAACGUGAGGACAACUCGAAACCGUUUAUACCGACCUCUGCCAGCCCCCAUACGAAUGCGACUUUCAAAUCAGACAAGGAGGUCCACCCCGAAGAGGAGAAAUUAUUAAAAAAGUAAACUAAACAAUUUUAGGAGAAAUAUUUUAAUAGAAAAUACAUAAUGUACAUUACAUAUACAUUUACUCAUAAUCACUACACUUGUCAAUGUUCUUGGGGAUUACAGUUAGCCUUCUGAAACUUAAGGCAUAUACCAUGCCCUCUGUUCAGUAGUUUUGUAUAUGAAUAACAACGUUGCCCAUAAUCACCACACUUGUCAACGUUGUUGGUGAUUACAGUUGGCAGGCCUACAAUUAACCAUAGCUUUACCAUAUGAAAACCAACAUUUGUCAUAAUCACCACACUUGGCAAUUUGUUUGGGGAUUAUACCCUCA